AUGAACGGUCGAGUCAACAAUCUAUUGCAUAAAAUUCGUCGAUCAGCGUCACUUGAGCAUGAAGAAAAUUGGGCCACCACUUCGAAAAGCGAUGCCGAUAAAGCGCUAGAUCUUGGAAACGGUCUUGAUGCUGGUGUUUUGGGGUCAAAGAGUUGCCAACUUGCGCACAAUGUUGAUCGUCUUUUAAGCGACUCUUCAGCUCUCUCGUAUUUUAUCAAUUUCAUGGAUUCUUGUGAUAAACUAAAUCUUGUCAAAUUCUGGAUGCAUGUUGAUGGGUUCCGCGCAUCAAUCGCAAACAUUCCGCAAAACUCACGCGCUACCGCCGAGAAAAUGUGCCAACUUGAUGCCGUUCACAUCUACAAAAAAUACAUUGACCAAGACUCGCCUAGCACGAUUGCGAUACCGAAAAAGUUAUACAAUAAAAUUCUAGCUAAGAUCAAUGCUGAUAUCUUUGAUGCUCAGAUUUUUGAUGAAGCUCAUCUAUUCGUCAAAGAAUUGUUCGAAUUAAGAUUUUUUCCCGAAUUUCUUGGCUCAAUUUAUUAUAAAAAGCACGAGUUUGACGUUUUGUUGAGAGAAGAAUGCGAUUUGAUGGAUAUUCUGCGGAUUGAGAGUCUACUUGCCGGGUUUUUAGAGCUCUCGGCUGAAAGUGGUGACGGGCAUUGGGUGGAAAUGGUUCUCUCGGUGGACACAUGGGAAAAACAAUGGGCAAAUACGGCCGACGAGGAGACACUCGAAGAUGCGAUGGCCAUUUAUAACAAAUUUUUCUCUAUGCAAGCGGCUCGCGCGCGGAUUCCCCUAUCUGACGAGUCUCGGAAAGCUCUAGAGAGUCGAAUCUGUACGGAAAAUGGUCGUCCGCAUCGCGAUGCUUUCUCACGGCAAAAACUCUCGGCUCUCGAAUAUUUGACACAGAAACUUUUACAUCAAUUUCGUCAAAGUGCUGUUUUUCAAAGCUAUCUAAACGAACUAUCAUCAACGAUCAUUAAUUCGAUUGAAUUGCCGAGAAUCGGUGGUCGUCGAAACGAGAAACGAGCGAGCAGUGUGACGUCGAGUGGCCGAAGCGACAGUCUACCUUCGCUGAUCACUCAACACCAACGUAACACCGAGAAAAUGGUGAGCUGUGACGAGCGGAAACAAUCGGAAUGUUCAUCGGCAUCGCUCACUGAUGCGCCUCAUUCGUCCACCGAACCCCCGCCAACUCCAUCAGCCACACCAACGAAAAAGAGCGCUCGACUUGCUGAGAUUGAUUCAAUGGGUCGAUACACGCCCCUUUACGAUACCACUUUCACGACCGAGCGAGAAAAUGCGCAGAGCAAGUUGAAGAUGACGCUGAGACGCUAUUUGGACAAAUCGGGUCUACGCGAAGAGGAAUUGGCCGAAGAAGUGGCGAGAACGAUCAUCGCCGAUAUUCAGACAAUGGUUCAUUCGGCUGGAUCCACU